AAAGAGGGGGGGAGGGCACGAUGCCCAGAGAGCAUGUUGUUAGUCACCUUGGCUAAGUUUUCGAUCGUGUUUCUACUGUCCGAGCUCAAACAACCGCUUAAAGCUAUGCAAUAUGCUCGAACGACUCCCAGGUUUUUUCGAAUAUGGAAAAAGUUAUCGACGAGGAUGGGAUUCGAACCCACGCGUGCAGAGCACAAUGGAUUAGCAGUCCAUCGCCUUAACCACUCGGCCACCUCGUCGCAUGUUUUGCACGUCUCCAGAUGCAGUACAUUAGCGUUGACCUUCAAAGCCAAGAUGGUGGACUCACAGUACUACCUCCCAAAUGACAUUGGCAUCUCUGCACUCGACUGCGGUGAAGCCUUUCGUCUGUUAUCCUCUCAGGAGAAGAUGUACGCCCACUACCUGUCAAGAGCUGCUUGGUACGGUGGCCUGGCAGUGCUGCUGCAGACGUCUCCAGAGUCUGCCAACAUCUUUGUCCUGCUACAGAGAAUCUUCAGGAAACAAACACCUGCCCAGCUGGAGCAGGUCGCUACAAAAGUUGGACUAAGCUCUGAGGAGUACAAGGCCUUCCUGGUAUAUGCUGCUGGUCUAUAUGCAAACAUGGGCAACUACAAGUCUUUUGGAGACACAAAAUUCAUUCCAAAUCUGCCAAAGGAAAAGCUGGAAGCUCUGGUUAGAGCCAGUCAAGCCUUUCAGGACCAGCCGGCUGACAUGGAGGCUCUUUGGAAAAGCUGCUCAUGUCCCCUCUAUUCUCUGGAGGACAGACAGAAACAGCUAGGAUUGGGUGACAAGGGAAUCACCACCUAUUUCUCAGGAAACUGCUGCCUGGAGGAUGCUGAGCUUGCGCAGAGGUUCCUCGACUCAAAAAAACUGUCUGCCUACAACACUCGCCUGUUCAAGAAGGACAAUGGAGGGAAAGCCUGCUAUGAAGUGCGCUUGGCCUCCGCUGUGCUGAAAGACUGUGCGGUGGAUGGAGAAUGCGAGUCCUGCUGUGGCAACUUCAGCUUUGAAGACAAAGAGUUUGUUGUGAAGAGGGGAGACUACAGUCCUCUAAUGGAGAAAGUCUCUUAUAACCUGCAACAAGCUGAGACUUAUGCUGCUAACGAGAACCAGAAGAAAAUGCUGAAAGAGUACCAGCGCAGCUUCACCUUAGGAUCGAUUGAUGCCCACAAAGAGGGUUCACGUUACUGGAUCAAAGACAAGGGACCAAUUGUAGAGAGUUAUAUAGGUUUCAUCGAGAGCUACAGAGACCCAUUUGGCUCCAGAGGAGAGUUUGAAGGUUUUGUCGCUGUGGUGAACAAGGCGAUGAGCGAGCGUUUCGCCAAGCUGGUGGGCUCAGCGGAAGUGCUGCUUCCCGAGUUACCUUGGCCCCGGGAGUUUGAGAAGGACACCUUCCUCAAACCGGACUUCACCUCGCUGGACGUUCUCACCUUCGCUGGAAGCGGAAUCCCAGCUGGCAUCAACAUCCCCAACUAUGAUGACAUCAGACAGUCGGAGGGCUUUAAAAAUGUUUCGCUGGGAAACGUGCUGGCCGUGGCGUACGCUACGAAGAAAGAAAAACUCACUUUCCUCGAAGAAAAAGACAAGGAUCUCUUCAUCAAAUGGAAGGGUCCGUCGUUCGAGGUGCAGGUUGGACUUCACGAGCUGCUGGGCCAUGGAAGUGGCAAGCUGUUUGUGCAGGAUGACGAUGGCAAGUUCAACUUCGACCGGAGUAAGGUGAUCAACCCAGAAACCAAAGAAAAGGUGUCCAGUUGGUACCGAGGCAGCGAGACGUGGGACAGUAAAUUCUCUACCAUCGCUUCUUCAUACGAGGAGUGCCGAGCUGAAUGCGUGGGCCUCUAUUUGUGUCUAAGCAAGCAAGUGCUCAGUAUUUUUGGCCACGAAGGACAGGAUGGAGACGAUGUGGUGUACAUCAACUGGCUGAGCAUGGUUAGAGCGGGACUGUUGGGUCUGGAGUUCUACACUCCUGAGAGUAAGAGCUGGAGACAGGCUCACAUGCAGGCUCGCUUCGUGAUCCUGCGUGUCCUGCUGGAGGCCGGGGAGGGCCUGGUGGGCCUGGAGGAAGUGACCGGGGAGGACGGCAAGCCAGACGCUCGGAUCACGCUGGACCGCAGCAAGAUCCACACUGUGGGCAAGGACGCCAUCCACAGGUUCCUCUGCAAACUGCAGGUCCUGAAGUCGACGGCUGAUGUGGAAGGAGGCAGAGCUCUCUACGAAGGUUUCUCCACCGUCAGCGACAGCGGCGCUCACAACUUCAUGCGUCUGCGAGAGACCGUGCUGCUGAGGAAGGAAGCCCGCAAGAUGUUUGUUCAGGCCAACACCACAGUCAACGGGGACAGCGUGGAACUGGUGGAAUACGAAGGCAGCGUGGCAGGUUUGAUCCGCUCCUUCACCGAGCGCUUCCAAGGCGACGCCGAGCAGCUGGAGGCCAGCCUGUUGGAUCUGAGCAAAAGAGACGCACCCUGCUGGUGUUGUUGAUGGACAUGAAGACGACAAACUCCACAGCUUCCCCGACACACCAACUGCUGACAUCAGUUUGUUUUUCUUGUUGUUUUUUCUACGUGAAAGCAGACUGACUCAGAAUUAAGAACAAAAGCUAAAUUCCUUUCUUCAUUAAAACCAAUGCGAUUUUAAGAAACCAACAGUAUUUUUUCCAGAAACAAUUCAACAGUGAAGGACAGAAUCUGUGUAACAGAACUGAUUUAGAGACGAACAAAUGAGCUGAUUUACAAAAUGAUUUUUUUUUUUUUUUCAUGGAAGCUUAUUUCCAAUAAGAAAUAACAAAAACGAUCCAGCCAAACAAAAUCUCUGGGCAUAAACUUUAAGAACGCACACCUGAUUAUUUACAGACCAGAAUUAUUUUUUUUCCUAGUUUCCUCUUGCUGGUUAUUUGUCCCUCAAAUGAAUAGAAUGAAAUGUUUGAAUCUUUGAAAGGUUAGAUUCUUAAUUUGUUGCUUUGGCAGUUAUAACCAUAAGGAAAGAUAGGAUUUAUACUUUUUUGGCAGAUCUGGCAUGAAAAUGGAUACUUCCACUUAAAUGUUAACCCUUUUGGGAGAAAAGUAUGUGGUGGCAAAACAAAUAAACUGUGUUUGAUAAGA